AUGCUUUUACGACAAGAACAUGCGAAAACGAAACUUCACAACGUUAUAGGAGGAAAGGCUCGACAAUAUCUAUUAAUUUUCAUAACGCAAACCUCAAGUUAUGUGGGUUCGAAAUUUCCGCGAUUCCAGAUCGUCGUUGCGUUAACCAAUUUUCGUCUUGCAGGAGCGAUCUCAACCCUAAAGGGAAUGAAAACCCCCCAAAAAUUGCGUAAUAUAUUCAUAAGUCACUUAUUUGUUGAGUUCUUGGCAUUAUGGACUAGCUACACAAGAUUCCCAGCUCCACAAGUUUCUGUAAAUUUUACCAGAAUACGCAAUAUGACUGACACCAAUAAUGAUGAUAUUAUCAGCCUCAACCUCCGUUUCCGUAAUAGUCAACAUAGGAAUGUAAUUUUUGUAAUCGAAAUUUCCAAGAAUGAUAGGGUCUCCGAUCUCGAAACUAGAGCUAGGAACGUGUUGGCAUCCCAUCUCCCAGUCCGCCCCAAUAACUUUCAUCUCCGACAAAUUUACCCAACUAGUGCAGAAAGAAGACGUAUGCAACCAGAAAAUGAUAUUUCUGUUUAUUUUCCCGAGAAUCCCAAUGAAGAUUGGAUCCAUAUUUUUGUUCACCCUCCUCUUUCCCCCGAAGAAUAA